AGCAGCAGGGAGCGAUUCGAACAACCGACGCAGAGGUUUCAUUUAGGGACGUUGAAGAAGUUGAGCCAGCCACUCAACAGGACCCACGAGGUUCGGGCUAACCCUGCUUCUGGCUUGGGUGCCACCCUGGCGGCGCCCUCGGGAAGUCAGCCUGCAGCCUCUGGCCGAGGGGAUGGGCAACUCUGACCUGCUGUGCAAGCAAUGGCACCACCAGUGCCCUGGACGCGGGGGGGCCUCGCUGGCUAAGCAUCCCCACCAGGUCUGAUUGCCCCCUUCCCCCACGCCGUGCCUUGGAGAUCCUAAGCUGUGGCCAAUAUGAUGGAUGAUGCCACGGAGCUGAGGACUGACGGAAACUCCCUCCUGAAGGCUGUGUGGUUGGGGAGGCUCCGGCUGACCCGACUCCUCCUGGAAGGGGGAGCUUACAUCAAUGAGAGCAACGACAAGGGUGAAACAGCUCUCAUGGUGGCAUGCAUCACCACACACGUGGACCAGCAGAGCAUUAGCAAGUCCAGGAUGGUGAAGUUUCUGCUGGACAACAGGGCAGACCCCAACAUCCAGGACAAGUCGGGCAGGACGGCGCUCAUCCACGCAUGCAUCAGAAGGGCAGGGGGAGACGUGGUCUCCUUGUUGCUGGAGAACGGAGCCGACCCCAGCCUCGAGGAUCGCACGGGGGCCUCAGCUCUGGUUUAUGCCAUAAAUGCCGACGACAAGGACGCACUGAAGCACCUCCUCGAUGCCUGUAAAGCCAAAGGGAAGGAAGUGAUUAUUAUCACAACGGACAAGUCAUCCUCAGGUACCAAAACCACCAAACAGUAUCUUAAUGUCCCUCCUUCGCCCAAAGUGGAAGGCAGACAGUCGCCUCCCCUGUGCACAUCUCCUUCUGACGUUGAACUGACAGCUCCGGUCCUGGCUUCUCCACCUAGUGAGAAAGGUGACUUCUUCAGCAUCCAAACGGGAUCCCAAAGUGGUAAUACUCCUAAGGUCCUCAAUGAGCCUGGAUCACCUACCAGGAAAGUCUCUAGUCUCAAAAGAGCCCGUUUGCCCCAGCUGAAGAGGCUCCAGUCUGAGCCCUGGGGCUUGAUUGCUCCGUCUGUACUGGCGGCCUCCAAACGUCGGGAUGAAACUCACAGCACCAGCACAGACAACGAGGUCAUCAGGAGCAUCAGUGACAUGUCCUUCCCUAAAAGGGGACCCCUCUCUAGAGCCAACAGUAUUGAUGGUAAAGACCCCACACUCUUCCUCACAGUCCAGGAACAAUUUGGGAAGGUUCCAGCCCCUUCUGCUGCAGCAUCCUGGAAAGUAGCCUAUGAGAAGGGCCAGGCUCCUCACCCACGUCUAGUCAGAAGAGGAACACUUCCGGUUGAUCAAGAGAAGGGUGGGGCGUGUCCUCCAGGACCUUCAGCUCUGAAAGAGCCAACAUCUCUCAAAUGGCUAGAAGAUGAUCUCUACGGCUUAGACUUACAGCCAGGGGCUGAGCCAUCCAACUCCACGUCCCUUGAGGCAGGCAAAGGACCGUUAGAUAGAAAGAGGCUCAACAGCUCCCACCUGUCCCUUUUCCACGGCUCUCGGGAGUCCCUGGACGCUGUGUCCAGCACGUCUCCUGGCUCCGUGCGCCGCAGGCCACCGCAUCUUUUAGAAAGACGAGGUUCGGGAACUCUGCUACUAGACCGCAUUGCUCACACGAGGCCUGGCUUUCUUCCACCUUUAAAUGUCAAUCUGAACCCACCGAUCCCAGAUAUUAGAUCCAGCAACAAACCUGCUGCUCCUCUUGCUAGUGGCUUAAAAUCUAUGGUUCCUGUAGCUCCAACUUCACCAAAGAGAGUGGACUUGAGAAGUAAAAAGAAACUCCUCAGAAGGCAUUCUAUGCAGGUCGAACAGAUGAAGCAGCUAUCUGACUUUGAAGAAAUCAUGACCUAG